CGACUAAUAGUUCAAACUUAGCUAGAGACAAUAUUUGCCGCUAGUUGGCGCCACUGUUAGCAGGAGAGCGUUGUUCUUGCUAGGUAUAUACUGAAGUCAGUGAUUUUGACCUAUAAUAAUUGAUUUUUUAGCUACAUAAAAAUGCCAACGUGCUUUGCGCCAGGAUGCGAGGCAGGAUAUAAGUCAUGAACGAGAAGAGACAUUUAUUAUAUCCACGAGACGACAAGAUGCUAACAAAUAAAUGUUACGUUUGUGACGUACAUUUUGCGAGUAGAUUUAUUUUAAAAACCUUCUCCCAUGUUAUAAAUGGAGAGAAAGUAGAAAUUCCACGAGAUCGCUGGGCAUUAACAUCGGUUGCAUAUCCAUCAAACUUCCCUAAUUGUCCUAAGUACAGUACAUUAGUAAGUCUGUACCUCAAAAACGAUCAACGCGAUGUCUCACAAGAAAUGAAGAACCAUCUAGGAAGGGAUCACGAAAAGACAAUACCAAAGAUUUGCAUGAUACACACUCCCAAGUAACAACUGUAGAAAAGGAAGUAGAAGAACCCUCCACAUCUGAAGCUGCAACUACACAGCAUCCUGAGCUGUUAUAUGUCAAUAAAAUCUCUGCUUUGCAGUCUGAAUUGUUAAAAGUCAAAGAGGAUUUAUAUCGGUGCAGAAAGCAAAAGAUGAUCUAUAG